AUGGCUUCGCCUCCCAAAGAUCAGCACUAUUCCAAUCAAGAACAGCCAAGAAAGCGAUCCAAAGUAUCCAGACGAGAGUUAGACACACUCAACGACAACAACAGCAAUAGAGCUCAUCGAGAUCUUCCUAAAUGUCCUGUCUGUGAAUACCGUAUCGAUCCCAAGUACUGGGCAGAGCAUUACCAGUACGAGCUGAACAGACUGUCCGAACCCUCCUCAGAAGCUUAUGCAAAUCCAAUCAACAAAAACCAUGGGAAACGAGGUGCCGCAGUAGCUGCUAGACGACAGCUGGAAGGCAGCAGCAAAGGCAAAAAGAAGGCAUCUGUGCACCAAGAGACGUUGGAAAAGAUACAAAAGAACCGACACAAGCGAAAAGACCGUUUAAAGCAAAUUAUUGACUCCAAUUCGUACGAGCCCACAACAUCAUCCACAGCAGCAGACGAUUCGCACCAUGUAGCACUGAUGCUGCAACAAGAGGAGAAUGACGCUGAUGUGCAAACAUGCUUCAUUUGCCAGCAGAGGCUGUUUGGUGAUUUGGAGGAUAUCAAUCGCCACAUUGAUCACUGUCUAUCGAACCCUGCAGCGACUGCAAUGGAAGAAAGUGAUCAUUCAGUAGAGGAAGAGGAAGAAGAGAACGACGACGAGGAAGAAGCAUACGUGGAUGAGGAUGAUGUAAAUACAAACACACCCGCUCAACAAGCAUCGCCUGCAUCCUGGGAAGAGUACGAAUGGGCUGGGCAAGUGCGAGUCAGAGCAAGUGCGAUGAUGGAGGGCGGAUACGGAGGAGCUGGUUUUGCCACUGCCAGCAAGAUUGAAGUAGACGAAGAUGACGAAGACCUGGAUGUCGAGGAUGAUGAUGCCGCUCAGUUUGGAGAAACGCAAUAUACCGAAAGAGACAUCGUUGUAAAUAUGGAUGAGAAUAAUGAGAAUGACUCUGCGUUACGAGAGAUGGUGUCGGGUGGUUCAGUGAGAACACCUACUUCCGAGGGUGACCAGCAAAGACAGGAAUUUGAGGCCACUGUAUCCGUCUCUGGCUGGGAUCAGCAUUUAAAGAAAGAAAGCCAUUAUACCAAAUCAUCAUCACCAUCCAAAAGCCAAUCAUCACUGGUCAUUGAUUCACUCAAAGCCCGUAUACACGAACUGGAAAGUGCCUCCAAAUCAUCCAACUGUCUCAUUUGCUUGGAAAACUACAAGACACCAUUGACAUCGAUUGUGUGCUGGCAUGUGCAUUGUGAGCAAUGCUGGCUGCAUACAUUAGGAACAAAGAAAUUAUGCCCUCAAUGUCAGAAAAUCACCACGCCUGCUGAUCUGCGACGAAUUUACCUCUAA